AUGUCGCUCCAACAAUAUCCCAAGAAUGAGACGUUCUCGGACGAAUUCUUACGUUGUAUUCCCAAGACAGAUUUACAUUGUCAUCUUGAUGGAUCUGUGCGUCCUCAGACACUCAUUGAUCUAGCAAUUGAACAAGGAGUGAAACUUCCAACAUACGAUGCAAAUGAAUUUAAUCGGAUAGUGUUUAAAGAUCGCUAUACCUCUCUCGAAGAAUAUCUCGUUUGUUUUGCGUAUACAACAGCUGUACUACGAACUCAAGAUGCACUUGAGCGUGUUGCGUAUGAACAGGCAUGUGAUCAAUAUCAAAUUGGUGUUCGAUACUUUGAAACUCGAUUUGCACCGCAACUUUUUGCUAUUCCAGGCAAAUUAUCAUUGGAUCAAGUGUUGCGUAGUAUCCAUCAAGGUUUGCAACGUGCCACUGAUGAAUUUAAUGCCAAGGAUCUUGAGGUGAUUUCGGGUUUCGCACCUCCAUUUGCAUACGGAAUGAUUGUUUGUGCCAUGAGGUUUUUUACAGCAGCAUUUAGUCCCUAUUUUCAUGAAUUUUGUGACAUUCAUUCUUAUGAAGAUCCACAUCGUUUAUAUGGACUUGCAUCUAUGGCUUUGAUUACGCAAGCUUAUGCUACAAAGAUGGCAAAUAUGGUACCUAUUGUUGCAUUAGAUCUUGCAGGAGCUGAAAAAGGGUACCCAGCACAUGAUCAUAUGGAAGCAUUUGCUUUUGCACAGAAAAAGUUUUUGCACAAAACGGUACAUGCAGGAGAGGGGUACGGUCCUGAAAGUAUUUUUGAAGCAAUUACGGAUUUACAUGCAGAAAGAAUUGGCCAUGGGUUACAUUUGUUUCGUUAUGACACAAUAUUAAAACCUGAUUUGGAUGAAAAUGAGCGUAAACGAUAUUGUCAUGAUCUUGUCCAGUAUCUUGGUAAUUCACGUACUUGUGUGGAAGUAUGUCUUUCAAGUAAUUUACAGACAACACCUGAUCUGAAAUAUGACGCAAGGAAUCAUCCAUUGCGAGAGAUGCUAACAAGUAAAGUGGCUGUAACUCUCUGUACCGAUAAUUGUACUGUGUCACACACGAAUAUGGUAACCGAGUUACGUUUGGCUUGUGAUGCUUUUGAACUAACGCCACAUGAACUGCGGCAAAUUUUAUUAACUGGGUUUAAACGCUCAUUUAUGUCGGGAGAUUAUGCACUUAAACGGGCAUAUACUCAUCAUGUUAUUGACUAUUAUGACCAUAUAAUUACAAAAUUUGGAAUUCACGACACAAGUACAAGCAAAUCGGGAUAA